GUGUGUUAUAUAUAUAUAUAAAACCUUGCUUUUGUUUCCAUGGAAUCCUCUGUACCAACCUCACCUCAAACCCUAGUUAAUGAGAUCAAAGAAGAUAUGUUCUCUACUAGUAGUAGUACAAAUUCUAUUGAUGUUUAUUCAUUUGUUUCUCCUUCAGCUUAUGACACUGCAUGGUUAGCCAUGAUUCCAGACCCCGAACAACGGGAUUGUCCCAUGUUCAAGGGUUGCUUGGAUUGGGUUCUCGACAACCAAAGAGACGAAGGGUUCUGGGGAGAGGAUCAGUACACCAUUGAUACUCUUCUUGCAACUCUUGUUUGCAUGGUUGUGCUCAAAACGUGGAAUGUUGGGGAUAAAAACAUAAAGAAAGGGUUGGAAUUUAUUCAUUCAACCAUGGAGAUGCUUCUGAUCAAAGUAAAACAAGACGGAUAUCCUCGUUGGUUUUCUAUUGUUUUCCCUGGAAUUGUUGAACUUUCUCAAGCAAAAGGUCUAGAAAAUGUUUUCCCUGACGAGCUCAAAGGAGAAGUGUUGGAAGUUUUCUUCCACAGGCAACGAAUUCUUGAUAUAAUAUAUAUAAUCAGUGACAUGUAUGCAAGUUUUUGUAGGGAAGAACUUGUAGAUAAAUACAAUUAUCCUCCACUGUUGUCGUAUUUGGAGGCCUUGCCAUCAACAUAUGAUAUUGAUCAAGAAGAUAUAGUGAUGCACUCGAAUGAAUCAGACGGCUCAUUGUUCCAAUCACCUUCGGCCACGGCAUGCGCCUAUAUGACUACUGGAAAUCAGAAGUGCAUGGACUACCUAGUGUCUCUUGUUCAAACAUGUGGCCAUGGAGUUCCAUCGAUUUAUCCCAUGGAUGAGGAGCUCAUAAAGCUUUGUAUGGUAAAUCAAAUUCAAAGAUUAGGGUUGUCCGAGCAUUUCAAUGAGGAGAUUGAAAAAACUUUAUCAGAGGUGUAUAGUAACUCCAACAUUCAAAGUAUGUAUGAGAAACAAGAAUCACUGACGACAAAAGUUGAACUAGUACCGGCAAAAAUAUACAAGGACGCUUUGGCUUUUAGGCUCCUGCGGAUGCAAGGGUACAAUGUGACACCAUGGACUUUUUGUUGGUUUCUACUCCAUGAAGAUGUUGUAGCUCAUAUAGAAGAAAACUUUGAAGUGUUUACAAGUGCAAUGUAUAAUGUUUAUAGAGCAACAGAUCUUAUGUUCUCAGGAGAAUAUGAACUAGAGGAGGCAAGGUCAUUUUCAAAGAAAUUACUUGAGAAAUCCAUGACACUGACAAACAUAAACGAUAACAUUAUCGAGCAUGAGUUGAGUCUUCCAUGGAUUGCUCGACUUAGUCAUCUGGAUCACAGAAAGUGGAUUGAAGAGAAUAAGGUCCACUCUCUUUCGAUUGGAAAGGCCUCCCUCUAUAGAUUAUCAUGUCUUCAAAAUGACAAGCUAAUGCAACUUGCUGUCGAGAACUAUGAGUUUCGGCAAUCAAUCUACAGGAAAGAAUUGGAGGAACUUAAAAGGUGGUCCAAGGAGUGGGGUCUUAGUGAAAUGGGAUUUGGGAGGGAGAAAACUACUUACUGUUACUUUGCCGUUGCAGCCAGUAGUUCUCUUCCUCACAAUUCCCCUGUUCGAAUGAUAGUUGCCAAGAGUGCAAUACUUAUUACAGUUGCUGAUGAUUUUUAUGAUAUGGAAGGCUCUCUGAAUGAGUUAGAACACUUAACGGAUGCAGUUCAAAGAUGGGAUGGUAAAGGCUUAAGUGGCCAUAGUAAGAUUAUAUUUAAUGCACUUGACCAUUUUGUGAGGGACAUUGCAGCGAAACACCUCCAUCUACAAGGAAGUGACAUAACAAAAGAUCUGCAAGAUAUAUGGCGCGAAACAUUUGUUUCGUGGCUGACAGAGACUACAUGGAGUAAGAGUGGAUAUAUUCCAUCCCUCGAUGAAUAUCUUGAAACGGGCAUGAAAUCAAUUGCCACGCAUACUAUAGUUCUUCCGGCUUUGUUUUUUAUGAGCUCGACCUUGUCUCCCAAACUACUCAAGCCUGCACAAUAUAAAAGUAUCACGAAAUUGCUCAUGGUCAUGGCUCGAUUGUUGAAUGACAUUCAAAGUUACCAGAAGGAGCAAGAGGAUGGGAAAAUGAACCUUGUUUUGCUUAAUUUGAAAGAAAAUCCACAUGCAGACAUUGAAAGCUCAAUCACGUUUGUAAAAGAGAUAUUGGAUGAAAAGAAGAAAGAGUUACUUGAACAUAUUUUGAUGGAUGGCUUCAAUGAUUUGCCCAAACCAUGCAAGCAUCUCCAUUUAUCAUGUCUAAAAGUAUUUCAGAUGUUUUUUAACUCUAGCAACCAAUUCGACUCCAACACAGACCUCCUUCAAGACAUAAUGAAAGCGAUUUACAAUCCAUUGGAAUACCAAAAUCCAAAGCCUCUGAAGACUCUACCAUCAAUUCAGUCAAGAGUCUCGAGACCCAAGAAGGAAAAUUUGAUCAUCUACUCGGCUCCUUACGAUCAAAGCUUCAAACAUCAUGGAAGUAGAAGUUAUUCUGUUAGACAACACUUUGUUCCAAAGACUAUAUCAAGAAAUGGCUGCGCGAAAGUGUUCAUUCCUUUAAAACUCAGUUUAUGCUUCAUUUGAAUCAGUUUGGUAUUAGUAUUAGGUACAUAUGCUGGACUACGGCACCUGCAUGUCUUGUGGCUAUGUAACAAGUGUGUCUCAUAUAUGUAUUAAUUGGUGAAACUAGUGUUUUUCCCUAGGUUCAAUAUAUGACUAA